CUCUCGACAGUAAACAAACUGGGCUAUCGAAUAUAUACAGAGAAAGAGUGAAAAUUGUUGGCUGCAGAAAAACAUUAAAAAAGUGAAGACAAAAAAACAGAGGAAAUGGCCUCGCUAGAACCAACACAAAAUAAAACAUGGGAUCUGUCCCUGUACGAGCUGCAACGCAAGCCGCAAGAAAUCAUUACAGACAGCACAGAGAUUGCGGUUUCGCCGCGCAGUCUGCACAGCGAGCUAAUGUGUCCCAUUUGCCUGGACAUGCUAAAGAAAACGAUGACAACCAAAGAGUGCUUGCAUCGCUUCUGCUCCGACUGCAUUGUCACCGCGUUGCGUUCGGGCAACAAGGAAUGUCCCACGUGCCGCAAGAAACUCGUCUCGAAGCGCUCGUUGCGCGCUGAUCCCAACUUUGAUCUGCUCAUCUCGAAAAUAUAUCCAAGUCGCGAGGAAUACGAAGCUAUACAGGAAAAACAAAUGGCCAAAUUCAAUCAGGCGCAAUCACAGCAGGCGUUGGUUAACUCCAUUAACGAAGGCAUCAAACUGCAAUCUCAGAAUCGUCCGCAACGCUUUCGCACCAACAAAGGAGGAGGCGGUGGAGGAGGUAAUAAUAGUGGAGCCGGAGGAGGAGGCAGUGCUACACGUUCCGGAUCGAGUGCAGUGCAUGCCCAUGAUACGGCUUCCAAUGACAGCAACAGUAACACAAAUGGCACCGAUCGUGAGACACGUGACGUGAGCAGCAACAACACUGCAGCCGGAACAGCAUCUGGGGCAGCAGGAACCGCAACGGGAGCCACUGCCCCAGCCACCAACUCCUCGACCACAGCAACAACAACAGCAACAGCUGCGGGCACUUCAGGCGCCAGCACUUCAUCCAGUCGAAUGCAGGUAGAUGAUGCCUCAAAUCCACCCUCAAUACGCAGCACACCAUCGCCAGUGCCCUCGAACUCAAGCAGCUCCAAGCCAAAGCGUGCCAUGUCGGUGAUGACAUCGGAGCGCUCCGAGGAAUCGGAAUCGGACUCCCAAAUGGACUGUCGUACCGAAGGUGACUCCAACAUUGACACCGAAGGCGAGGGCAACGGUGAGCUGGGCAUUAAUGAUGAAAUUGAGCUUGUGUUUAAGCCACAUCCCACAGAGAUGUCGGCGGAUAAUCAAUUGAUACGUGCGCUGAAAGACAAUUGCAUACGCUACAUCAAAACAACUGCAAAUGCAACUGUAGAUCAUUUGAGCAAAUAUCUGGCCAUGCGUCUCACUCUCGACUUGGGCGCAGAUUUGCCCGAAGCUUGUCGGUUGCUCAAUUUUUGCAUCUAUGUGGCACCACAGCCACAGCAGCUGGUCAUCUUGAAUGGCAAUCAGACACUACAUCAGGUCAACGAUAAGUUCUGGAAGGUCAACAAGCCCAUGGAAAUGUAUUAUUCGUGGAAGAAAACCUAAAGCAUCAUUCGACAUUUAUUUCUGCAAUUGAAAUACUAUAUAGUAAUAGAUUUUAUCGUUAAUGUGCUUAACAAGAAUAUUAUAUAUACA